AUGCAGGCGACCGCCGUCCGGGACGCCAUCUUCGGGGGCGUAUACGCCGCGUGCAGGUCGGCAGGCGGCGCCAUCGGCAGCGACGGCCGCGCGCCGCGCGGCAGCCUGCCGCUGGACCUGGCCGCCGCGAGCGCCGCCACGGUGCUGUCCUCGCCCGUGAACUACGCGAGGAACAUGUCGUUCCACUCGCCCGCGGGCGAGGCCGCGCCUGGCAUCGGGCACUCCCUGCGGCACCUGUGGAGGGACGCGCAGAAGCAGCGGCUGGCCCACGGCGCGCGGGCAGCGGCGGGGUACCUGCAGCUCCGCCUCGGGCUUGGCUGGGGCACCGCCCGCGUGGGCCUUGGCAUGUCCCUGGGGCAGCAGAUGUACGACGCGGCGAUGCGGAUAGGUUAG